AUGACGUUGCGGAAUGGAAGAGCCCUUGCAGAAAGAAAGAUGAAUCCAAGAAACAAUAGUCCUUCGAAAGAACGCAUUACAUGUUCCACGGAUCAGGAAGAGAGAAUGCCAGAAAAUACAAGCCAUUCGGAAACCAGCACGUCUAACGUGGGAACGCAAGAGGUGCCUCUGAACGCACCAUUCCCCAGGCGUCUGAUGAAGAAGAAUGAUGAACAUCAGUUCAAGUGCUUUCUCGAGCUCCUAAAGCAGCUCCACAUCAACAUUCCACUCAUAGAAGCUUUGGAGCAGAUGCCAACAUACGUGAAGUUUUUUAAAGACAUUUUGACGAAAAAGAGAAAAGUCAGCGAGAAAGAAGUAAUAGCACUAACGCAGGAAUGCAACACGUUAGUAAGCAACAAGCUACCACAGAAGCAGAAGGACCCAGGGAGCUUCAUAAUUCCUUGUUCAAUUGGAGGAUUAGAUGUGGGUCAUGCGUUGUGCGACCUAGGAGCGAGAAUCAAUCUCAUGCCCCUUUCAGUUUUUAAGAAAUUGAGGAUUGGCGAGGCACAACCUACUUCUGUCACCCUUCAACUCGCUGAUAGGACAAUUAAGUACUCGGAAGGGAAGAUUGAAGAUGUUUUGGUGAAGGUUGACAAUCUCAUAUUCCCAACAGACUUCAUUAUUCUUGAUUAUCAAGUAGAUAGGGAGGUUCCAAUCAUCCUUGGACGCCCUUUCUUGGCUACUGGGAAAGUUCUGAUUGACGUGCAUAAAGGUGAGCUAACCAUGUGCGUGGAUAAUGAAGAGGUAAAAUUUAAUGUGCUCAAUGCAUUAAAGUUCCCAGACAGUGAUGAUUGUCAGCUAAACAAUAUUGAAUUGACUGAAGAAGAGACUCGAGUAUGUGAAGUUCUCGCAUUGGAAGGAACCCUGAAGGAAUCUGAGCCGCCAAGUCUGAGUGAGCGACAGACAAAACCAAUGUGUCCUUCACUCGAACAACCACCUGAACUCGAAUUAAAACAGUUACCUGGACAUUUGAAAUACGCUUUUCUUGGAAAUACAUUGCCUGUUAUCAUUUCCGCUAAUCUCACAAAGCCUAAUGAAGAUUCACUCUUGCAGAUGUUGAAGAAACAUAAACAUGCAAUACGGUGGACACUUGUAGAUAUUCGUGGAAUAAGUCCAUCUUAUUGUAUGCAAAAAAUUAGGCUGAGGAAGGGAAGACGAGGUCAAUCGAGCCUCAAAGAAGGCUUGUCCCCAUUAUGA